AUACGUACACUUUACCCUGCUGCCUUCUUAGUGACGAGGCUCUUCAAAUUUCGAUAUAUAUAUAUAUGAGGUCUGUCGAACCUUAACACUCUCGAACCGAAAGUCGCAGAGUUCAAAUUGAAAGCAGCGGAAGCUAAGGUUCGAAAAUGGUGAUCAAGAGGAGUGAGUCGAAUGUUAUGGUCUCCGACGGCCCACUGGACAAGAAAUUUGAAAAUCUUGUCGAGGAGACAUUGGAGCUUUGGCACGUUCCCGGCAUUUCAUUAGCUGUUGUUGAUGGAGAAAAGACUUUUGCCAAGGGUUAUGGAAUUGCAGCUUUGCCAGCAGUUCCUAUGUCACCAUCUACGCUGUUCUUUGCGGGCAGCACCACCAAAGCAUUUACUGCCGCCGUGAUGGCAACUCUAGUAGAGGACAACGAAAAGUACCCACAAGUCCAAUGGGACACGCCCAUACACCAGCUGAUCGGGGACGACUUUGGUCUAGAAAACGAGUACGCCACAACACACAUCACAAUUGAGGAUGCACUAUCCCAUCGAAGUGGCUUACCACGACACGACCAAGCAUACGGGGCCACCUCCUCAGGAAAAAGGGCCACCGUGAAAGAAAUGAUCCACAGCAUGCGUCACCUACCACUGACCGCCGAGCCAAGAACCAAAUACCAAUACUGCAACCUGAUGUUCCUCGUCGCAGCGCACAUCAUCGAAACGCUUACCGGUUCCAAAAUUGGUGAUCUGAUGAAAGACCGUAUUUGGACGCCCCUUGACAUGACAUCUACGUUUUCCGACCUUCAAGACGCUAUGAAUGGGAAAGACGAUCUGGCAAAAGGGUACUUUUAUUCCGACUCCGACGCCUCGUAUCACGAGGUAGAAUGGAUGGAACUAGACCAAUGCGCGGGUGCAGGAAAUAUAAUCAGCAACGUCCUCGACUACACCAAGUGGGCGAGAGCAACCAUCUCCAAAACCACGCCAUUCUCCUCCGCUAGCUUGGAGCAGUUACUACGUGCACGCUCAAUCAUGGGGUCUGAAGAACCGUAUACGGGAUCAAAUAUGUAUGCUCUGGGCUGGCGAACGGGUGUGUAUCACGGACAGCAAUUCUUCGAGCAUACGGGUGGCAUGAACGCUUUUGGAGCGGAGUUGAUCUUGUUCCCGGAUAUCGAGUUCGCGAUUGUUGCGUUUGCGAAUACCGCUGGGACGUCGAAUUUCGUGGAGCAGGUACUGGCUUUUCACCUUGUGGAUGAGAAAUUGGGUAUCCCUAUGACAGAAAGGUUUGGUUGGAACAAAAAAAACCAAGCAAUCAUCACCCGCGGCCAACACAACUCCUCCCACGCGAAAUCUAUCUUGUACCCAGAACUCCCCUCCCCCACCCUUCCACCAACACUCCCCCUUCCCUCAUACACAGGCACGUACUACCAUCCAGGCUACCAAAAUCUAACCAUCUAUUUCGACGACUCAACGAAGACUCUGCACGCCGACCGCAGCAAGAGCACGUGGCCUGAAUACUUCACCUUCGAGCAUGUCAGUGGCGAGUUCUUCAUCAUCGUGACCAAGGCGGUGGGGGAUUAUCAUGCACUGUUUCCGCAGGUGUAUCCGGCAGAGUUUCGGAUUCGUGCUGAUGGAAGGGUAAGGCAGGUGGGGAUCAGGUGGGAGGAGACGAUGGGGGAGGAGAAGAUUUGGUUGGAUAGAGUGGAGGAUAAGUGAAGGUUGGAGUGGGAAGGGUUAAUUUGAGAGAGUUGAACAAAUGAAGUAUUACAUUGACAAAGUCGAUGUAAGUGAGCAUGCAAUAUGAUUUAGUGUACCUAGCAAACUCUAGUGAUGUCGUUAAUCACAAGAAGGAAGAAAAGGAUGAUGUUUGCGUAAUGUACAUGACUAGAAUACAGAUACACUAACGAAUGUUAUU